GUGUAAUCUCCUGAAAGAGGCUCCCUUCAGUGCUUGCAAUGAGCACAUCGACCCGGAGCCCUACAUGGCCGCCUGCACACACACUCUGUGCAAAUACCCUGCAGUGGAUGGUCUUAAGUGCCAGUUCCUGGAGGCCUACGUCAAGGCCUGCAGCCUCCACAGCAACGUCACCGUGGAAAGAUGGACGACCAAAACCAGCUGCCCGGCUGUCCCCCGGGCCUCCUGUCAGGACCGGUUCUGCAGCGAUAAUGAGUUCUGCGGAGAAAGACAAGUUGGGUAUCCUCGCUGCCUCUGUCGUGCUAUUUUUGCCUCCAAGUACAAAUCGGCAAAUGCUUACGGUGAGCCGACAGCAUGCACAAAGAAGUCUGCAUCAGUUACUAUGGCCAAUUGUCUCUUGGAGGACAAAAGCAUCGACUACUCCUUCUUACACCUCAAUGACGAGGCCUGCAAAGCUGAAAUGGACGAACUGACCCACAUGGUGACGUUCAAAUUCAACAGCAGCAACACUUGUGGUACAGUGGUCAUGGCAAACAACAGUCAAAUUAUCUACAAGAACACCAUCAUGAGGAGGAACCUCUCCGAUUCUGGCAUGAUCAACCGUCAGAGCCCCGUGCACAUCGACUUCUCCUGUUAUUACGCUCAGCCGGAGAUCAAGAGCUUGGCCAUCAGACUGAAACAAAGGGCUGUGAUGCAGGAGAUGACUUCUGGAGAAUGGAAGUACAAUCUGACCAUGAAGGCCUACAUUGACGCUGAGCGUAAUAACGUUAUCCAGUCAGACACCGACAUCCAACUGGACCAGAACAUCUGGGUGGAGAUUGAGACAGAGGGCCUCGAUGAAAAAGUGGUUGUCGUGGUGAUGGACUCCUGCUGGGCCACCGAUCAGCCGUCGCCAAGCGGAGCUCUGAGAUAUGACCUCAUCACGAACGGGUGA